GAGUGAAAGAGGGGUGCUUGCUGCUGUGCUGGCUUCUUUCUCUCCCUCCUCAAUUAAUAGCAGUACUUUAUGGCUCCCUUCAUUCUUUCACACACACUCUCACAAGUCACAAGUCGCAAGUCACGAGCACUCUUGCUCUUUGCGUCAGUGCCCCAAACCCAAAGCCAGCUUCUCCUCCUUCUCCUUUGUUGUGAUUUGUGUGAGAAGGGAGCAAGCAAUGGUUGCUGGCCCUCUUCUUCUUCUCCUGAUCUGAGGCUGAGGCUGAGUUCCAGGCCUCACUCUCCUCAGUGUCUGCCUGUGCUGUGCACCAACACUAGCCAGAUCUGUGGGAGCAAAGAAGGGAGUCAGUGAUGAGCAAGGAGGAGGUGCUCAAGGUUCAGACCUGCGUGUUCAAGGUCAACAUCCACUGCGACGGCUGCCACAAGAAGGUCAACAAGGUGCUCAGCAAGAUCGAUGGUGUGUACCAGAGCAGCGUGGAUUCGGAGCAGGGGAAGGUGACAGUGUCCGGGCUGCUGGAUCCGGAUACCAUUAUCAGGAAGCUCAACAAGGCCGGCAAGCCCGCCGUGCUCUGGGGCUCCAAGCCCGGGGCAGCCGGCGCCGCUGUCGCCGCCAACCAGUUCCAAAAGCUCAAGCUUGAUGGCGGCGGUGGCGGUGGAGGGAAGAACAAGGGCCAGCAGAAGGAAGCCGGCAGCGGUGGCAGUAAGGGACAGCACCACAAGGAUGCCGGUGGCAAGGGGCACAAGUCCGGCGGUGGCGGCGGCAAAGACGCCAAGAUGAAGCCGAUUCAUCAGCAGAUGCAGAUGAAGGGCGCGCCGCCACCGCCGACGGCGCAGCAGCUCCAGCAGCUGCAAAUGCAGAUGAAGGGGAUGAAGCUGCCGCCACAGUUCAUGGCUGCCGCCGCCGCGGGGAAGAUGCCGUUCGCGCAUGGGCCUCCGCCGGCAGCGGCCAUGGCUGCUUCCAAGGACCCCAGGUCCGUCAAGUUCAGCCUCCCGCCGCGGGACGACGGCUGGGGGGACGACGACGGCGACGACCUCGGUGGCAGCGAGUUCGACGAUGAUGAGUUCGAUGGCUUUGAUGACGACGAGGAUUUUGAUGAUGACGAUGGCUUCUACGAUGACGACCUCUACGAUGACCCCAAGGUGAUGACGAAGCACAUGGCCCCGCAGCCGCAUGCCGGUGACAAGAAGGGCGGCAAUGGUGGUAAGAAAGGAGGCGGCGGGAAUGAGAUGCCCGCUUCACAGUUCAAGGGGAACAAUGGUGGCAAGAAAGACGCCGGUGGCAAGGGGCAGCACCAAGGCGGCAGUGGUGGUGGGCAGCCGAACAACGCCAAGGGAGGAGGAGCGGCGCCGAGCCAGGGGAAGAAGGCCGGCGGCCCAAUGAGAGCCAUGCCGCAGCAGCAGCAGCAGCAGCACGCCAUGCCGAGGCCUCCGAACAUGAUGGGCGGCGGCGCAGGUGCCGGCGGCUUUCUGGGGCAGAUGGGCCAGCACCCCGGCCACAUGGGAAGCGGCGGCGGCGGUGGCGGCGGCUUUCCAGGAAUGGGGCAGAUGAUGGGCCAGCAACCCGGACACAUGGGAAGCGGCGGCGGCCGCAUGCCGCAGCCCACCGCGUUCUACCAGGGCGGCGGCAAUGGUGCUGGCGGUGGCGGCACGGAGAUGCUGCAGGCAGCGGCAGCGGCCGGGAACCCCAUCGCGCAGCAGCAGUACAUGCAGCUGAUCCAGCAGCAGCAGCAGAUGGCGGCUCUCAUGCAGCAGCAGCAGCAGCAGCAGCAGCAACAGAUGAUGAUGAACAACGGCGGCCAUGGCCAUGGUGGCCACGGCGGCGGCGCAGCAGGGUACCAGGCGGGGCAGAUGAUGGGCUACAGUGGCGGUUACGGCCGGCCACAGCCACAGCCGAUGAUGAUGCCGUCGUACCCGGCGGCGCCGCCACCGGCCCCGCACGGCGAGCCGUACAACUACUUCAGCGACGAGGAUCCCACCAGCAGCUGCUCAGUGAUGUGAGCUCGCUCACAUCUGAUCUUUAGAUAGAUCAUGGCCGGGAAGAAGAAGAAGACCAUGGAUAUGAAUGAUUCAUGGUCAUGAGUUCUCGCUUAGAAUUAAUUGUGCUACUGAUUUUCACCUCUUUCUUUCUUUUUUUCUAUCUGCCUACAAGAUCAGAAGAAGAAAUGAGGACUGGAGUGUAGGUAAAGUAAUUAAUAAUAAUUUUAUCUACAGGUGAUGGAUCAUAAAAUGAGCUUGAUCGAUCCAUGUUUCUUCUCCACACCAACGGCCGAUUUCCCUUAAAAUCUGUGUGCAUGGGAGUGAGCAAUUUAGGGAGUGAUGAUCAAGACGAGCUGCUGCUGCUGCUGCUGUUUCUUGCCCCAUUUCUGUGCACCGCGCUUGCAUUACUGAUGGACGGUGCAGGUGUGGCUGUCCCCCCCUUAUGAAGCUCACUCACCUGCAUCUUUCAGCAGCUCCAGCACAACUGUGCACUUAUUUAGAGCCUCAUAACUGCACACUGCUGCACCUGCACACCAGUACUUACUGUAGUUUGAAUUGAAGUCAUGCUAUGCCUGCAGGCUGCAGCUAGCUACAACUGCAUGAGAUGCAAUGCAAGGUCCUGGAAUUGAAUGGGUACCAGCUACCACCAUGUACCUUCUCUGUCAGCUCAAGUUAAGUUUAGUUGUACUGCG